AUGUCGCAGCACGGCGACGAUGUGGCAUCGUCUCCGCAGCACACGGAUCAGAGCCACGACCAGGACGACACGAGACCCUCGUCGCUGUCUGAUUCGGACCCGGACACGGGAGCCGAGAACGAUUCUUUCGAAGAUGCUGUCGAUGCCGCAUCUGUACGGUCCUUGACGAAGAGGUCCGUCUCCGUCACCAAGCCUCCGCUGCCCAAGGACGAACCAGAAGCAGACAAGGAGGGCGAGACUCGAAGCCGCGAGGUUGAGUCUCCAACCUCGGACGAGGCCGCGUCCAAUCCUCAAUCUGGACGCGAAUCAUCACCCAUCUCCAACCGCAUAUCAAACGACUUGAACCUUGACAAUGUUGAGCUCGAUGACGAAACGCCCUCGAAAAGUCAAGAGCUUCAAAAGCCCGUCGGCAAAGACAAAGAUAAAUCUCAUCAGACAUUAUCGCUAAACAGCAUCACCAGCGCCCUUCCUUCCAUGCCUUGGUCUCCCACGGUGGAUCCGCUUUCGAAGAGCCCUGGCCCGUCCUUGUCGGCGCUCGCGUCGCCGCCGUCAUCACAUACCAACAGUCCACACCCAACUCGGAAGCUGACAAGUCCCUUUUCUUGGCUGUCGCGAAGUUCAUCCAACAAGGACAAAGACAAGGACGGCGCCAUGGUGCCCCCGACACAAGUCUCGCCGAGGCGGAACACGGCCAGCUCCAUUGCGACCCUCACGAGUAACCCUGAGAUGAUGCUUAGUCGACUGGACGAGGAUAGCGAAAGGAGAUCCAGCUGGGUACAGUUGUCAAAUCGUGAGAGCCUCAAGGACAGGUUCAAGGCACUCAGGAUGCGAGAGGAAUCCGUCAUUGUACUGGCGGUCGGGGACAAUGACAAGGCCAGCAAUGCGCUUGGCUUGGUACCCGCAACCGACGAUUCCUCGAGCGACAAGAGCCAGCCCCCGCCUGUCCUUUCACCAACCAAUGAUCUGGCACCUGGAACCGUGUCCGGUAUGAACGCCGGGCCGUCCACCAUGCCGGAUACUCAGGUCGACUGGGAUCUUUGGCAGUCUGUUGUCUACGAAGGUCCGGCGGCGGUAGCCCGAACCAGCGCAGAGGAGCUGAACAUAGCCAUAGCCACGGGGAUCCCGCACGCCAUUCGUGGCGUCAUCUGGCAAGUCCUAGCGCAGAGCAAGAAUGAUGACCUCGAGGCUGUCUACCGUGUGCUCGUGGCAGAGGGCACCGAGAUGGACAAGAGCCGACACAGCAACAGCACGACGACAAGCAUUGCCAGCAACAAAAAUCUGAGCGCACCGAGCGGUGAUACGGUGACAUCGUCAGCAUCCUCCGUGCACUCGGAACAGUCAGCUGGGAAUGGCAGUUCGUCUCCAAAAGGCGACAAGAGCGUGAAAGCGACAACAAAGGCUCAGGCCGCCGUCACUGCCGAGCGGAGGAAGCGGAAAAAGGACGAUGCCAUGAACUUGCAGAAGCUUGAGAAGACAAUUCGCCGGGAUCUCGGUGCCCGUACGAGCUAUUCAAAGUACGCUGCCGCCGCCGGGCUGCAGGAGGGCCUGUUCGGUGUGUGCAAGGCCUAUGCACUCUACGACGAAGGGGUCGGGUAUGCACAGGGCAUGAAUUUUCUGAUCAUGCCCUUGCUGUUCAAUAUGUCGGAAGAGGAGGCCUUUUGCUUGCUCGUUCGGUUGAUGAACCACUAUCACCUCCGGGACCUUUUCGUUCAAGACAUGCCAGGCUUGCACUUGCACCUGUACCAGUUCGAACGUCUGCUAGAAGACACCGAACCUGCGCUGUACUGUCACCUGCAUCGACGAGGCAUCUCGCCCCAUCUCUACGCCACGCAGUGGUUCUUGACGCUGUUUGCUUAUCGAUUCCCACUUCAACUGGUGCUCCGGAUUUACGAUCUGAUCUUCUCCGAAGGCCUCUCCGCGAUUCUUCGAUUCGGUCUCGUCCUCAUGCAAAAGAACGCGACGACUCUAUUGAGCAUAUCGGACAUGCAACAGCUCACGACGUAUCUGAAAGACAAGCUCUUUGACGUGUACAUCGACAAGGACCCAAGCCAGGGAAGCAUUCUCGAGAACGGCUUCUUCGGAAGCUCGAGCUCGAACCUAGACAAGGAGGUGUACAGAGCGGACCAGCUCGUUACCGACGCUUGCGAAGUCAAGAUAAGACCCGAGACGCUGAAAAUGUACACCGCCGAAUGGGAGGAACAGGCCAGGUUGGAGAAGAGCCGCGAAACGGAAUUGAUGGAGCUCCGUGCGGCAAACCAAAAUUAUGCUGUUCAGGUCCGAAAGCUCGAGGAGCGAGUCCAGGUCUGUGACAGCGAACAAGCAUCUCUGGCCACCGAACUCGUUCACACCAAGGUCGAGAACGAGGAGAUUCGUGAUGAAAACGAGAGCACCAAGGGGCAGGUUAGAGAGCUUAAGGUGGUCAUUGAGCAGAUGCCAGCCGAGCUGGAAGAGAAAUGGAAGCUCGAGCGAGAAGACCUGAUGAAGCGGAACGAAAAGGUGCACGAGGACAACCUCAGGCUAGAGAAGGAGAUGACUGAACUGGAGGAGGAACUAGUGCAAACGAAGAUGCGAUAUGCCGAGAUCAACGCUCAGCACGAGGACCUCACGCGCAGGUGGACCGACGUCAAGCGACAAUUCGCAUAG